AUGCACUCUAAUCCUUCGAAGUCUCACGAUCAAGCGAGAUCAAGAAGCGAUGUUCGUAGAUUUUCUGAACUCUCUUCAGAUGACAAGGACUUAAUAAGAUCCAUUGCGCCUAACGCAGACAAGGAACUUGAAGAACUGCCUUUCGCGUCCUCUACUUACCAAUUCAAUGAUGCUAUUCCAGUCUUUAUUGAAAUGUCUACUGUUGCAGAGGAUGGCGUAAUGCCUGUUCGGUCUGUGGCAUGUGAUCUUCUUCUCGCUCGCCGUGUGGAAGCUAAAUUGAAGGCUUCUACGUCUUUGUCGGCCAAUAGUGAAGCCUCUAUCACAAAUCUCCUCUACAUUGCUAAUCCUAGAAAUGAAAAUGGCGAAACGACCGUAAGCUCUAUCUCGGAUUUCCAUGUUUUUUUUCAAUUCGUUUCUUGGAUCAUAUCAGUUCUCUUUUUUAAUAUAAUUUGA